AAUGGUGUCACUAGUCACCACAGCCACAAAGUUUUAUACCCCGUUUAUGAUUUCAGACCUAACCCUAACCUCAACCCUUACCUUAACUACACUGCUAACCUUAUGUCUAACCGUAACCUUAUAGCACAUUUUUGUUUCCAUAAUUUUUUUACCGAAUACUUUGUGGCUGUGAUAACUAAUGAAAACAACAAAAAAUACUCACAGGAAGUCGAUAGCUAACUACGUUAGCUUUUCCGCUGGGUUUAUUCUGUCAAGCUGCUCAUAUCUGAAAAUACAUUUUGUGUGAGCUUCUGGACCAAAUGACAGCGACUCCGUUGACUGCAAUUGUUUUAUCUCGCCGCAUGCAGUUAAAUCGCUAAAUGAUGGGAGUGAGAGUGUGUGUAAUGGUGGUGUGAUCCUGUGUGUCUCUGUGCCAUGGAGAAGCCGUGGAGGCUGUGGGGCUCGGUGGAGCGCUGUGCCCUGGCAUUGGCCUCCUGGUCCUGGGGUGCCUGUCGCAUCUCCCUCCUGGCCCUCAUCCUCACUUUCCACCUCUACGGAGGCUUCUUUCUCCUGGCUCUCAUCCUGGCCUCAGUGGCCGCCAUCCUCUACAAGUUCCAGGACGUGCUGCUCUACUUCCCCGACCAGCCCUCCUCCUCCCGGCUCUAUGUGGCCAUGCCAACAGGCAUCCCCCAUGAGAACGUCUACAUCCGCACCAAGGACGGCGUGCGCCUCAACCUUAUCCUGCUCCGCUACACCGGCGGAGACAGCCUUGAUCACCCCGGGGUCGCCCCCGUCAACGAAUCUAAACCUGCCUCCACGGCCCCGCCCACAAUCCUUUAUUUCCAUGGCAACGCAGGCAACAUCGGGCACCGGGUGCCCAACGCUCUGCUGAUGCUGGUGAACCUGAAGGCCAACGUGGUGCUGGUGGACUACCGGGGGUAUGGGAAGAGCGAGGGCGAGCCCAGUGAGGACGGCCUGUACCUGGACGCCCAGGCCACGCUGGACUAUGUGAUGACCCGGCCUGACCUGGACAAGACCAAGGUGAUGGUGUUUGGCCGCUCUCUAGGUGGCGCAGUGGCGGUUCGCCUGGCCUCGGCCAACCCUCACCGCGUGGCGGCCAUCGUGGUGGAGAACACGUUCCUCAGCAUCCCCCACAUGGCCGCCACACUCUUCUCCUUCCUGCCCAUGAGGCUGCUGCCUCUGUGGUUCUACCGGAACCAGUUCCUGUCCUACAGACAGGUGGCGCUGUGCCGGAUGCCCUCGCUGUUCGUGUCGGGCCUGUCAGACCAGCUCAUCCCGCCCGUCAUGAUGAAGCAACUUUACGAGCUGUCGCCGGCACGGACUAAACGUCUGGCCAUCUUCUCUGAGGGCACGCACAACGACACAUGGCAGUGCCAGGGCUACUUCGCCGCACUGGAACAGUUUGUCAAGGACCUGAUGAAUAGCCACACCCGCGAGGAGAGCGUCCAGUCCACAGCCAGUGUCACAAUCAUCUAGUCUAGAGAGAGGAAGAGUCUAGAGAAAACCCUACAAUCAUCUAGUCUAGAGAGAAGAGUCUAGAGAAAACCCUACAAUCAUCUAGUCUAGAGAGAAGAGUCUAGAGAAAACCCUACAGUCCAUACUCCCUACGUAUGUGUGUAGAUCCAAAACCAUUGAAUAGGUGUAAUAAGCAGCAAUAUGGCUCAGGAAAUGUGAAGCCAACCACUGCCAUAUUGCUUAUACCUGUCUAGUUGUUUCUGAUCUACUUGAAGUGUCUAUGGUAGGGUAGCAGUAACUAGGCUGAGCUACUAGGGUCAGGUUGGAGAGAAUGUUCAUUUCUACACUUUUGUUUUGGUUUCAUCAUGGUCUUUUUCCAUAGUAACUGUACCAUAUCAAACAAUUGGGGAGUACUUUAGGUGUGGGGGGUGUUUGGGGUUGAUGGAGGGGUGAUUAACAUGGAAAUGUCUUCAUAAGUCUAUUUGUGUGUGAAAUAUGACUGCAGUGGGUGGACAGGUACUUGUUAUGGCCUUUUUAAAAUAAUUUUUACAAACCAUACACAACUUUGAUCAUCCUGUCAAACACAACCACACUUUUAAAAACACUUUAAAAAGAAAAUAAACAACAGGAGGCAAAGCUGCACCUGAACUGCCAGAACUCAAUGACAAUGUUUAGCUAACAUAAUAGCAUUUCAGUAAAUCAAUAAGACAUUUCUGACUAAUAUCAUAGUGUUUCAGUAAUUCAAUCAAUUAAAAAGUUUGUUUAUUUUAAUUGUGUAAUCUGUUAUUUCAUGACACGCUGUUUAAAGUUACAUGCGUGAGGAUCUUAUAGGCAUCAUAGUGUCCUUAUAGAUUCAUAUUCUACUUUUUACAGAAAAUCCUGUUCAUAUCAGCCAAGAGAGAGACAAUAUGAUACAGCCCAUAAGGCACUAUGUAUAUGGCACUCUGAAAAGGAGCAUGCACAACCUGAAUGUUUCACUGAAUGUUUCACUCCCAAACUAUUUUGUUGUUGUAAAUGGCCAGAUGAUAUUCCAAUGUUGCAUAAAUCCCAUUCUACACUGUAUAUUCUCUGACAAUAAAUGUAAACGCCUAUGUGGCUGGAGCUGUGGUCAACUCUUUGCAUAGUUUACCCGUGAGCCGUUAUCUUGGUUGCCAACACCAGGGCUUUCAGACGGAUGUGACCAUUAGAUUGUUGCUGAGAGAACUGUACUAUAAAGAACAGACAUAUGUUCUGAAUUUUGACAUGCAAGGCUUGUCUGUCUGUACAAUACAUUUUUAUCUGCAUUGUUCUGAAUUCUGCACACUAUUAAAAACCAAAAGACCCUCACCCAAAUACCAUGGCCUGAGAAAAACCUAGCUCUGUUAGCUUCCUGUGAAAGUGAAGGACACUUUGUGGGAUAGUGUGUGUGUUAUGUAUGUGAGGGUUACAUUUUCAUCUCUGUGUUUGUACCAUGAGACUUGUGUUACUAAGUUGUAUUAUUAUUUGUGUUAUUCUAUUCUUCUCAACGUAAUGAUUGUUCCGUCAAGUAGGCUAGUGUCUCAUUUCACCCCAUGGCUUUACCUGCUUGGAGUGCUUUUAAUGAGCUAAUGAACCUUUCCUGCAUGUCUUCCAGUGACUGGAGCUGAGGUGGACAAACAAACUCUAACCCUGCUGGGUCGUGAUCAUUAACAGAUUAUAACAGGGAGGGAAUACCUGUCUAAUAAGAAAUGCUCAAUUUUGUUUUUUAGUUAAAAAAUCAAUUGCUUCAUUGUGCGCUAAUUGGGGUGGCACAUUUUGGGUAAUAUUCAGAGGUGGAAACGUGCUGUGGGAAUUAACGGAAAUAUAUGCAAAUUAAUAUGAAUACCAUUUUUAAAUGUAAAUGUUUUUUGCAUUGGAUGUAUUUACCAUAUAUGGAGACAAACAUAAACAUCAUAAGUAGACAUAAUUGCAAAUGAUUACAUCCUUCCAAUAGAAAUAAAUUGUUACGAAUUUAAUUUCAAUGAAGUGUUGACUCUUCACAUGGGAUGAUUUCACUGAACAACAAAAGAAAGGGAAUAUUGAAUGAUCCCCAAUGAUCCAUCUUAUCUCAGAAAAAUGUUUUCAACAUACAUCAGUGAAAUUAUAGUGUAGAAACUAAAGCUUUGGUUGUCUUCCUCUCAGGCUUCCAUGUCUUCUCCCUGGACCUCCUCAAUGUCCACCUCUUGAACAUCAGACUCUGAGGCCUCAUCUUCACUGUCACUUUCCAACCUUGUUGAGGAUGGCUCGUUGUCAGGCUCAAAAAGCCUCAAAUUUGCCCGGAUGGCCACCAAUUUUUCAACCCUUGUAUUGAUCAGCCUGUUGUGUGCUUUGGUUGUGUUCCCAAACAAGGACCAGUUGCGCUCUGAGGCGGCUGGGAUUUGGAGGAUGAUGGAGGCAAUGGGAAAGAACCUCAGAUCCACAAAGUCCCUUCCACCAGGUGGCUGAUGGGAUAUGUUGGCACUACUGCCAUAUUGUAUCUCCAUCCCAAAGACUGUCUAACAUGAUGACAACACCACCCCAACUGGUGUUGCUGGGCAGCUUCAAUGUGGUGCUCUUAUUCUUCUCACUUUGCUUGGUGAGGUAGAUUGCUGCUAUAACUUGAUGACCCUUCACAUACUUAACCAUUUCCUUGGCUCUCUUGUAUAGUGUAUCCAUUGUUUUCAGUGCCACAAUGUCCUUGAGGAGCAGAUUCAAUGCAUGAGCAGCAAAGCCAAUGGGUGUGAUGUGAGGGUACAACUCCUCUACUUUAGACCAAGCAGCCUUCAUGUUCGCAGCAUUGUCUGUCACCAGUGCAAAUACCUUCUGUUGGCCAAGGUCAUUGAUGACUGUCUUCAGCUCAUCUACAAUGUAGAGACCGGUGUGUCUGUUGUCCCUUGUAUCUGUGCUCUUUUAGAAUACUGGUUGAGGGGUGGAGAUGAUGUAGUUAAUUAUUCCUUGCCCACUGGACCUUACAGUGAAAUGGAAUGAAAGCUGGCAUUGAUAUGCAGGAGAGAAUGUUAACAUGCUGAUACACUGAUUUGUUGAAGGACUAAACAUGCAAUGAUGAUGAUGAUGGGUGUUCUCUGAGCUGGAGGCUUAUGGGUAUUGUAGUUGAGAGCUCUGUACCCUCAUGAACUGAACUUAAAUUGUGCAUCCAUUCUGUUUAGGAAAACAACCACUGCAGUCAUUUUACUACUCUAGUGUUGAUGUGUUAGAAAAGAAGACUGAAUAUAAAAAAACUAAGUACACAAUCUAAUUUUCUGUUCUUUGUACAGUAACAUGCAAUAACUGAAUAAACCCAAAGUUCUUAUAA